UUAUUUUGAAAAAGAGUAAGGUUCAAUAUUAAAAAAUUAAUUUUUUUUUUUCAUAUAGAUCUCGUAAUUACCGAGUUUUUUAAAAGAAAUUGUGUACGCUUGCACACUUCACGGCUACAAAUAUUAUUUCUAAUAAUUCUAAGAUAUUUUGCAUUCAUUACCUAGUCUAUUAUUCAAUAGAAAAUGGAAGCUUUUUGUUUAAUUUUUCAAAAUUAAACCGUUCAAGUGAUAUGAACAUUUGAGACUAGUGCUGAAGUUUUUGUAGAAGAAACCAAUUACUUGCCUUUGAAUUUUGACUUCCUGGCUAUCUUAGCAUCAUUUAACGGUCAUUAAUUUAUACACAGAACACCAUGGAAGUAAAAGAGCUCUUUCUUUCUUCGGUCAUUGAAACGUUGCUCGAGCAAUUGGUGUUUCCUCGAUUGCUGGACUUUGCACGUCGAGGGGGACUUCUAGAAAAUCUAAACAAGUGGAGGAAAACGUUUACAAGAAUUCUAGCAGUGCUUGAUGAUGCGGAGGAGAAGCAGCAUACUCUCAGAGUAGUGAAGAUGUGGCUGGAUGAUGUCAGAGAUCUUGCUUACGACCUGGAAGAUAUAUUGGAUGAGUUUACAACCGAAGCAUUGAUGAAUGAAAACCAAGCUAGCUCAAGUAAGGUACGAAAACUCAUACAUGGGUGUGUUACUCGUUUUAUUAUCAACACUAGGCUCCAGUCAAGAAUAAAGGAAAUCACUGAACGAUUCAAUGAUCUUAUGGCAAGAGAAAGUGAACUGAAUUUUAGACAAAAUGUUGAUAGGAGCUCACAUAGAAUAAGAGGGACACUAGUCCUAACUUCUUUAGUGAAUGAAGCUCAUGUUUAUGGUAGAGAAAAAGAUAAACAGGCUAUACUUGAUUUAUUGAUGAGUGCAGAAACUGAAAAUGCUGAACUCUCUGUGAUUCCUAUAUUUGGCAUGGGAGGUAUUGGGAAGACAACUCUCGCUCAACUUGUAUACAAUGAUGAAAAGAUGCAAAGCUUUUUUGACCUGAAAGCAUGGGCUUAUGUUUCUGAAGAAUUUGAUGCUAUUAAGGUGACAAAAACGAUUUUAAAAUCUGUCACCUCUACAAGCUGCGAUGAUGAUGAUCUCAAUUUAUUGCAAGUCAAACUAAAGGAGAAACUAAAGGGGAAGAAGUUUCUAGUCAUUCUGGAUGAUAUUUGGAAUGAGAACUACCACGACUGGAGUAUCCUACGUGCACCUUUCGAAGUAGGGGCUCCGGGAAGUAGAAUUGUCAUUACAACUCGUAACCGAGGAGUUUCAUCAAUGAUGGGUACCAUUCAAGCUUAUUGUUUGCAUGUGUUAUCAAAUGAUGCUUGUUUAUCUAUAUUUACCCGACAUGCAUUCGGGGCAGGAGACUUCAUUACACAUCCAAAUCUUAAAGAUAUUGGUGAGAAAAUUGUGAUAAGGUGCAAAGGCUUGCCUUUGGCAGCAAAAUCUUUUGGAGGGCUUUUACGCUUCAAGGAGAAUCCUGGUGAGUGGAAAGAAGUAUUGAAUAAAAAUAUAUGGGAUAUACCAAAGGAGAGAAGUGGAAUUGUUCCAACUCUUAUGUUCAGCUACUACCAUCUCCCUGCACAUUUGAAGAGAUGCUUUGCCUACUGUUCAAUAUUUCCGAAGGACUAUGAAUUUAAGGAGCAACAGUUGGUUCUGUUAUGGAUGGCAGAGGGUUUAAUUCAGCCACAAGAAGGGGAAAAGGAAAUGGAAGAUUUAGGUAAAGAGUAUUUUCAAAAUCUAUUGUCAAGGUCAUUUUUCCAACAAUCAAACUAUGACUCCUCAAUAUUUUUAAUGCAUGACUUCAUCAACGAUUUGGCUCAAUUAGUUGCAGGAGACAUAUUCUUUAGAAUGGAGGAAAGAUUUGGGGUUAGUAAGCAAAGGAAAAUUUAUAAAAUGGCUCGACAUUCAUCUCAACAAGGUGGUGGCACUAAACAGUUUGAGGCCUUUUCAGAACUUACAUGUUUACGUACAUUCAUAGCAUUUAAGCUUCCACAAAGUGCUGGUUGCUUGGCUCCUGAGGAUCCUCUUCAACUGUUGUCAAAAUUACAAUGCCUAAGGGUGCUCUCUUUAAGUGGGUACGGCAUCUAUAAGCUUCCAAAUUCAAUUGGAGAUCUAAGACAUCUACGAUAUCUUGACCUCUCUGACACUCCAAUCACAAGCAUGCCUGAAUCAAUAACCACUCUCUACAACUUACAAACAUUGAUAUUGGAGCAAUGCCCUUAUCUAAAGAAACUACCUUCAACUUUUGAGAACCUUGUCAACUUGCGCCACCUCAAUAUUCUAAAUACAUUCUCAUUGGAAGAAAUGCCUCCACAAAUCAGUAAAUUGACAUGUCUGCGAACACUGUCUCAUCUAGUUGUGGGAGAAACAAGUUGCUCUGGAGUAAAGGAGUUGAGGCCUUUAUUGCAUCUUCAAGGGACACUCUGUAUUUCAAGAUUGGAGAAUGUGAUUGAACCUCGGGAUGCAAGGGACGCUAAGUUAAUUGAAAAGUCUGGCCUUGAUGGCUUGUUAUUGGAAUGGAGUGACAACUUGAACGAGUCAAAAGACAGAACAAGUGAAUUAGAUAUACUUAGCAUGCUACACCCUGGAGGCACUUUGAAAGAGCUCAUUAUCAGAUGCUAUGGUGGUGCAAGAUUUCCAUCUUGGUUACGAUAUUCCUCAUUUCCUAAUAUGGUGCUCCUAAGGAUUGAAAAUUGUAAAAAAUGCACAUCAUUGCCACCAAUUGGGCAAUUACCAUCACUCAAAGACCUUUCGAUUGAAGGCAUGGAUAGCGUGAAGAAUAUAGGUGCGGAGUUUUAUGGGGAAAAUUGCCACCAAACUUUUAGAUCCUUGGUGACACUGUAUUUCAAGGGGAUGGGAGAAUGGGAGAACUGGAUUUCUUAUGGAGAAUUCCCACACCUGCAAAAGCUUUUUAUAGGAGAUUGUCCCAAGCUUUUGGGAAAGUUACCUAACCACCUUCCCUUACUAGAGAAAGUUGUGAUAUAUGGAUGUUGGCAGUUGGUAGUUUCGAUUUCAAGCUUUCCUGAGCUCUGCCAGGUUGAGAUUGAGAGAUCCAAAGGAGUGGUGCGUGGAGGUAAGGUUAACUUCAAAUCAUUAAAUUUCAUGUCUGUUUCUACAAUUUCAGAAUUCACUUCUCGAAUAAAAGGGUCUGAUAUGGAUGGGCUGACAAUGGUAGAGAAUUUAGCCAUUUUCAAGUGCAAGGAGUUGGCACAUUUGUGGACAGAUGAUGUGGGAUCACUGCCACAGCUCCCAUGUCUUCGUGUUUUGAAGCUUGAGGGUUGUACCAAACUAGUUUCUUUGGUGGCAGAAAAAGUAGAAGAGCAGCUGCAACUUGGAAUGCCAUCAAUGGUCAGAGAAAUCAAGAUCCAGAAUUGCAUUGUCCUAGAAUCCUUACCCAAGGCAAUGAUGUACAAUAACACAUGUCUGGAGUACAUUCAAAUUGUAAAAUGCGAUUCCCUAUUGUACUUUGCAAAAGUCCAGCUACCCCCAACUCUAAAGCGGCUAGAGAUAAUACAUUGCAAGAAUAUGCUGGUUUUGCUUAAUGGGGAUAACACUAAUUGCAGCAGCAACACCUCUCUUCUUGAGUACUUGUAUAUUGAAAAUUGUCCAUCCCUUAAAUCCUUGACCUCAAGCGGAGAAUUACCUGUAAGACUUAAACAAUUAAGUAUUCGCUAUUGUCAAAAGUUGGAGACAAUUGCAAAGAGGUUUGAGCACAACUCAUUUCUUGAAAUCAUUAGAAUCUCAAGUUGUGAAAGCCUCGUAUCAUUACCGACAGGAAUACUCAGCCUCUGCCAUAUAGAUGAGAUUGAUAUUUGUAAUUGUGCAACUCUUGUUUGCUUUCCAGAGGAAGAGUUGCUCACUGCCAACCUGAGAUUGCUUCAAAUUUCUGGCUGUGAGAAAAUGCAGGCCUUACCCAAUUGCAUACACCGCCUCGCCUCUCUUCAAGAAUUGCAAAUAAAGGCAUGUCCAGGAAUUCUGUUCUUUCCGGAAGAAGGAUUUCCCAUCAACCUAAGAUCACUUGUGAUAUCUGAUCUCAACAUCACUGAGGCCUUGUUUGAGUGGGGGUUGCAUCGGCUUACAUCUCUUAGCCGACUUGUCAUUAGUGGUGGAUGUCAGCACCUGACGUCCUUUCCAGAGAAGAAACUGCCAGCUGACUCUCUAACCAACCUCACCAUUGAACGCUUCCCGAACCUGGAAACCCUGUCUUCCGAAGGCUUUAGAAGCCUCACCUCUCUUGAGCAGCUACGUAUUGAAGAGUGCGGAAAGCUCACAUCAAUUCCUGAGGAUGGCCUGCCCUUCUCACUCUUGAAACUUAUUAUCUAUAAGUGCGAGAAGCUCACGUCCUUCCCCGAGAAUGGACUGCCUCUCUCACUCCAGCAACUUUCUAUUAACAGAUGUCCACUGCUAACUCUGCAAGGAAGAAAUCCCUUUGAUGAAAACUGAAUAUGCAUAUUUGCUCAUUAGUUCUUUUGGUUGUGACCUAAUUGCUGGUGUUGGAAUGGUUCUGCCGCUCCCGUUUCUUGCUGUUAUUCUUGAUAGUUUGUUGAAUGCUCUGACUAUUCUUGUUGGGGUAUGCCAUUCUUGGGGUAUUUAACUUGAGGGCAUGAGAAAGAAUAUCAUAUAUUGCUGAUCACUACAUAUUUGGCAAAUCAUUGGGAGCUGAAAAGAGAAGAAGCAACCUGCAACUUGAUUAGUUCAACACUCCCGACCCACACAACAAACCAGGAGGCAGGAGCAUUUUUAACUUUUUUUUCCCUAUAAUUCUUCAUCACACCCUCAAAGUUUGUUUUUCUUCCAUGGUUUUACUCUUUGCAUCUGUUCCUGAUCUGUAAUGGAAGGAUCAGCAAUAUAGGUUAGUCUCUGAUGGUUUUGUGACUUUCUCUGCAUAAAUAUGCCAAAUAUGUAAUAACAUCUUAUUAUGUUACUGCCAGACAAUAAAAUGGUGAGGUAUGGAAGUUAUUUGCA